CUCGCGCUCUUCAAAUGAUAAGAAAACAUUUCUGCGCCGUGUGCUGGGUUAUAUUACACUUGUGACUCCCGAGGCGAGCGAGUCCCAGAUUUUGGAGUGAUCUGAAGACUUGUGCCAAACUCCCGAGGAGCUGAAAUGGCAUCGAUCGGGGAGUUUGAUCCGUUAAAUAGCAGCGUACCUGCCACUAAAAUAGAGAUCACAGUCUCGUGCAGGAGUUUGCUGGAUGUUGAUACAUUUUCAAGGUCAGCACCAGUUGUUGUGUUGUACGUUCAAGGGAUUGGUACUAAAGAGUGGAGAGAGUUUGGACGAACAGAAGUGAUUGACAACACUCUCAACCCGGACUUUGUGAGGAAAUUUGUCUUGGAUUACUUUUUUGAAGAAAAGCAGAACCUUCGGUUUGAUGUAUACAAUGUGGACUCUAGAAGUUCAAACAUCUCGAAACAUAAGUCCUUCCUUGGCCAGACUUUCUGCACUCUUGGAGAGAUUAUUGGGUCCUCUGGGGCAAGGCUGGAGCGGGUGCUAUCGGGCAUUCCUGGGAAAAAAUGUGGGAACAUUAUCUUCACAGCCGAGGAACUCAGCAAUUGCCGGGACAUUGCAACCAUGCAACUCUGUGCUAACAAGUUGGAUAAGAAGGAUUUCUUCGGGAAGUCUGAUCCUUUCUUGGUGUUUUACCGAAGCAAUGAAGAUGGCACGUUCACUAUAUGUCACAAAACAGAGGUGAUAAAGAAUACUCUAAAUCCUGUAUGGCAGCCCUUCACCAUCCCAGUGCGAGCUCUCUGUAACGGAGACUAUGAUAGAACAGUGAAGAUUGAUGUUUAUGACUGGGACCGAGAUGGAAGUCAUGACUUCAUCGGCGAAUUUACCACCAGCUACAGGGAACUGUCUCGCGGACAGAGUCAAUUCAAUGUCUAUGAGGUCUUGAAUCCUAAGAAGAAGGGGAGGAAAAAGAAAUAUGUCAACUCUGGCACGGUAACACUUUUGUCCUUCAAAGUGGAAUCCGAGUACACAUUUGUGGACUUCAUUCGGGGCGGAACACAGCUCAACUUCACUGUAGCCAUAGACUUCACUGCGUCUAAUGGAAACCCAUCACAACCAACAUCACUCCAUUACAUGAACCCGUAUCAGCUGAACGCAUACGCCAUGGCCCUUAAAGCUGUGGGGGAAAUUGUCCAGGAUUAUGACAGUGACAAACUCUUCCCUGCCUACGGCUUUGGGGCUAAACUCCCUCCUGAUGACAAGAUCUCUCAUGCUUUUCCCCUUAACUCAGACUGUGAGAAUGCAAACUGUGUCGGCAUCGAAGGCGUGCUGGAGGCAUAUUAUGACUGUCUCCGGAAAGUGCAGCUCUACGGACCAACCAACUUCGCCCCUGUCAUCAACCAGGUGGCACAGUGUGCAGCAGAGGUGACAGAUGGCUCUCAGUACUUUGUGUUGCUGAUCAUCACAGACGGAGUCAUUUCCGAUAUGGUGCAGACUCGAGAAGCUGUGGUCACUGCUGCAUCCCUACCCAUGUCCAUCAUAAUUGUGGGAGUUGGCCCUGCUGAAUUUGAUGCUAUGGAAGAGUUGGAUGGAGACGAGGUCAGAGUGUCCUCAAGGGGACGUGUUGCAGAGAGAGACAUUGUCCAGUUUGUGCCGUUCCGUGACUACAUUGACCGAUCUGGGAACCAGGUGCUCAGUAUGGCCCGACUGGCCAAGGAUGUACUAGCCGAGAUUCCCGACCAGCUGCUGUCGUUCAUGAAGAGCAGAGGCAUCGAACCCAGACCAGCCCUCUCAUCCUCUCCCACACCACAGAUAAACGUCCACCUCUGAUCCUAGAUCAGUUUUUACCUACUCCCGCAAACACAGCUAUAUGUCCAUGUCUUACCUCCAGUCAGUCACUGGGGAUGCACAUUUUCCACAUUAGUUAGCAGUAGCACAUUAUGUAGUUACACAAUAAUAAAUGAAAAUCAGGAACAUGUUAUUGUAAGUGUGUGAUGUUACACUUAAUAGUCAGCCAGUGAUCACUUAAAUAACAUAAUAGUUUGUGCUUGCGUGAAACGUAAGUUGUGGAGGUACUGGGAAGGUGAAUCACAUGAAAACUGCAGAGAAAUGUCCAGGUAAUAUUUCACCCCAAUUUCAGGAAAAAAAGAAAAAAGAAAUGAUUAGGGCUGUCAAUUAGGGCUGAGAAACUAAAUGUAAAUAUUAUUCAAAUUCAAAUUAUAUUAAAAUUUUAAACAUAUUUCAGGUAGGGGAAGAAAGCUACAAGACAUCUGAUUUUUAAAUCGAAGUUGUUUCCUACAUCCACAAGAGGGCGCAACAAAUCAAUAUAACCCAAACAACACAGUGUUAUAGCUAUUGUUUUUUGCAAAGAACAUAUCUUAAUAUUAACAAAAAUGCGUAAAAUGCUACAGUCAAAAUAUUUAGCCAGUUCAUAUUCUCAAAUCUUAAGUAAAAAAAAAGAAACGAAACAUCUCAAUUGACGGUUUUAUGUUAACUUGGUGUUGAACAGUAAUCUACACUGGAGCAAUGGUACUACCAUGGACUCAAGCUUUAUAAUAGCAGCAGUACACAGUGUUUUUCAUUAAAUAUAGUUAUAUAUACUUAUCUAAUAAUUAUGCAGCGAAAUGCUGAUAAGAGAGCAAGACACAAUGACCAAAGACCUUCACCUAAGGGGGCCGUUUACACCGAGCUCGUUGUCGCGUCUGUCUUUGUCUGUGUAAACAUGGGUCUCACAUAGGAGCACUGCUAUGUCAGUUUAAAAAAGAAAUUCAACAGGGCCUGGGUAGCUCAGUGUUAAAAGACACUGGCUACCACCCCUGGAGUUCGCUAGUUCGUGAGUUCGAAACAUAGGGCGUGCUGAGUGACUCCAGCCAGGUCUCCUAAGCAACCAAAUUGGCCCGGUUGCUAGGGAGGGUAGAGUCACAUGGGGUAACCUCCUCGUGGUCGCUAUAACGUGGUUCGUUCUUGGUGGGGCGCGUGGUGAGUUGGGCGUGGAUGCCGCGGUGGAUGGCGUAAAGCCUCCUAUUUCUAUGUCUCCGUGGUAAUGCGCUCAACAAGCCACGUGAUAAGAUGUGCGGGUUGACGGUCUCAGAUGCGGAGGCAGCUACGCCACCACGAGGACUUAAAAGCACAUUGGGAAUUGGGCAUUCCAAAUUGGGAGAAAAAGGAGAAAAAAAAAACAAAACAAAAAAACACUUGCGUUCUGUUUUAUUUGUUGCACUGGAUCUGGUUUUAGUCCAUGCGAUCGAUCUGAAAGACCCGUAAGUCAACGUCAUUGCUUGCCACACAUCCAUAAUUCGAAUACACAUUUUAGCAUUUGAAUGAAAGCUUUCUAUCUUAAAUAUGACAAAUAUUUGAAUUUUGAAUUUUAAUUUGACAGACUUACUGUAGAUUUAACAGGUUAAUUUAGUGCUAUUAAUUAUAUAAAAAAAUAUUGAGUAAAAAAAAAACUUUAUUAAUCAUGUCCCCUGACCCGUAUGUAAAUUCUAUAAGAAAAGUAUGUAUUUUCCUACCACUGGAGCAAUUCAAGCUUGACGUACAUGUAACUUUCUGUUUUAUGAGAUGUGUCAGCAAGGGGCAGUCAGCGCACCUCAACAAACCUCACAGGCAGUGCUGCUAUAGGUGCUGGGAUCUCAAGACACAAUUUACACAACUACAUUUAACUUGACACAGCAUCCUAAAAUGUGCAAUUAUGAUGCUGAAAACAGGCGAUACACUGUAGAAACAUUUGUCUGACACAUUAAAAAUUAUAAACAAUUAAUUGAUAAACAAACUCAACAAUCAACAGACAACAAUUAACAGAAUGAUUGCUAUGGAGUGUAGACUUAUGUUUAAUGAGAUGGGAAUAAAACAAACAAUAUAUUGACUUCUAAAGACAUUUUUAAUAUUGUAUAAUCAAUGCUUUACUCGCCUGCCACAAUAUAUUACUGAAUCUGUAUUAUUAUAUUUAUAAUAUUUAUAAUUAUUUGAAAUAUUAUUUAUUAUUUAGACAAUUUCAAAUUAUCUUUAUUUGGGGGCAUUUCUCAGCAAUUAUCAUACAUGUCAUGUAAUUAAUUUAUAAAACAUUUUAAUUGAUUGACAGCCCUAGAAAUAAUAUUUUGCAUAAAGAAAAUGCAGUCUAUUUUAGAACCAUUCGAUAUUUUUUUUUUUUUAAUGGGAGCAAUUCGCAUUUCUGUAAUGUGAAAAAAAAAAAAACUCUUAUUCUCAUUACUUUAAUGUGGUUUUUUUAUUUUAUUAUUAUCAUUAUAAUACAGUAAUGAAAAUCGUCCUGUUCGAACACAAUGAGCUCUAUUCAUGAAACAUGAAAAGAAGAAAUUUCUAUGCAAAUUUUACGUAAAACAAAAAAUCUUCACAUUCAGUUCAAAGCUAAUUUUUUUUUUAACAAUGGAUUUAUGAACGAUUUUCACAGAAAUGUGUUCUACUCAUAUUUUAUGAAUAAGACCUAAUGGUUUUCUUUUUAAAUCAGCAUACAUUUCUCAUUACUGUAAAAAGCUCAUUACUCUUUGUGAAAAAAAAAAAAAAAAAAAUCAAUUUGAAAAGCCCAUUUGUGAAGUGCAAUUUUACGUGUAGUGUUCAUUAUUGUAGUAUUUGUAAUACUGCCUUUCAUUUACGCUGAUCUUAAAAAAAGAAAAAUCAACAAUGAGACUGUGAUUAGUAUUAUUAUUAUUUUACAGUAAUGAAAAUUAUAGAGAAAAUGUGCUUAAUUGUCAUGAAAAUAAAGCCACACAAAGCAAAACAUCUUAAUGGGCAUAUAUUUUCGAUUAGCAAAAUUUAAUGUAAUAUGUUUUCCUUUGGAUUGUAGGGUGAAAUAUGACCCGGACUUUUCUUUGUGAAAUUCACCCAGGAACACAAGAAGCACGGCUCUCUCACACUCUGCUGAGACAGACAGUAAGCGAGUGGAAGCACAGGCUGUGUCAUUCGCCGUAAUACCCAAACACACCUUGCAUGCACGCGUCACCUUGAAUGGUAUCUUUGUAAUUCACAUAGUUUCUAAGGCCGAGACAUUUUCUUUCUCUCACUGGCUGAAUGAGUUGCGCUGGCAUACUUUUGAGUGUGUAAAUAUCUAAUUUGUGCAUGAUAUUGAAAGGAGAUAAUAAGUAGCUAUGCCUGGUACAAAAACAGAUGCCUGAGCAGGAACGCCAACGCACGCGGAGUCUUCCGCACACCUAAAGUGGAUGCAACUAAUUACCUGCUGAAACAGAGGUGCCAUUCCAAUCAGUGCAAUUCAUCCGGGGGUGGGGGGAUGAUAUCCAGAGUGUAAUCAGGGAGAGGUUAAUGGGUGAAGGAAGUAGGUAGAGGAAUGCAGUGACAAAGAUAAAUAAGCUGAUCACCAAAAUGAUGAGCGAGAGAGGUCGAUUCUUUUGAAGCUGCCAGGAUAGAGGUGGAUUUUUGCGCAUACUGCCAUGUUUCAAAUUCUGAUUGCGGAUCCAAAAAUGAUUGUAGACUCUUUGAAUGUUUGCUGAGAUCAGAACAUUCCAGUGAAAUCUUUAAUUUUUCAUUCCUUACAGUGCUUGCAAAGCAACCAUACUGUACAUAUUAAACUUCAGCUUUUAAUGUUAAUGUUAUGCUACUGUAUUCCUACACUGCCAAAAAGUCAUAUUCUUACCGAGUAUUUUUGUCUUAUAAGUUGACUUUACUCAGCUGAUUGAUUUCUCUUAAAAAAUGGCAUGUUUAAUAACCCUAACCCUGAGUUUACUUAACUUGGUGUUCAUAUAGCAUGAAAUUAACUAUUUAAGUUAAGGUAAGUAGAUGCAAGUAGAAACUCAGAUUUGCUAUUCAAAUAAAGUUGCUUGACUCAAAUUUAGAAUAUACAAUAACACAAAUAAAGAUUACAACUGAUUCUAGGUCAAUCAUUAAAUUAACCUAAUUCUCCACAGACAUGCAAAACAAAAACAAAAGUGUAUAUUCUUUCUUACUCCACUGGCAAAUAGUACUUUUUUUUAUUUUAUUUUUAUUUUUUUAUAAAAAAUAAAAAAAAAGUACCUUAUGUAGCUCCCCCUGCAACAGUCCAGCAAAUAGCAAAUCAUGGUUACUGUCUAGGACAAAACUAAAGCCCAUUUGGUUGUUUACUGUAAACCAAAGACCAGAUUUCAGAAUUAAACCUUGACAGUCUCACAUUGACAAUGAUACAGUUUGCCAUUUAAAAUCUAAUCUACAGUGAAGACGCCAUUGUAAUAUUUGCAUACUGAAAACCAAUUGGUCUUCUUUCUUACAUCUAUUUGUGCACUGAAUUGAGAUUGGUCUUUUCUUUCUUGCAUCUAUUUAGUCAUAUAGAAAUAAUACAUAAGAUUUACAUUGAAAAGACAGUUUCAUGUUUUGUGUUGAUAUUCAUACACAGUAUUUAGACAGAUAAAACCAACUUUAAGAUUACCUAAAACUUUAAAACUGUCAUUUUGCUGCCUUGCAAGCACUGGUGUUUCCUUAAGGAAAUGCAAAUCUUAAUUUUGCUGUAUAUAAUGAAUAGUGCAAUAACAUUUUACAUGCGUUAUUACAUUGAACCACAAUGUAUGGAUGUAUCAUUCAUAACCCUUGUUGCUGUAAUCAAAAUGUUGCUCAGAUACUUUCAUGUUGAAUACCAUUUUGAAAGCGAUCUUCAUAUUUAUAUACAGUACAUCCUAUUCCAGGUGUUCUAACUGUUGCUAUAAUGUAGAUUUAAUUAAUAUUUGUUUCAUAGUAAUGACAGCUAUAGUAAACACAGCUGCUUGUGCCAAAGUGCUACAAUGUCCAACAUUCCUGCCAAGGUUGUGUAAUAUGUUUGAGGCCAAGAUGUUCCUUUUAUAUCUCCUUGUCGUGUUUUUAAUAAAGCAUGAAUGUCUUGUGUUGACGUCUGAAUAGUUUGACAUGCUUUUACAAAGGAUUUGCUAGGUAUUUUUUGCAAGGGUUAUGAAUCUAGUGGUAUUGAAAGACUGUUAAGCUCUGUCAACCAUGACAAAAGCAAAAAAUGUGUUUACAGCUAUACAGUAACAAUGGAAGUAUAUGAGGCAAUGCAUUAAUCCACCUAAAACAGGUGUCCCACUGCUAAAAGGACAACUUUCACAUCUUUAUAUCUCAAAUCACACACUUUUCUGUACAGAAGAAUUAAUAUAAGCACUAUAAGACAAAAAAAAAAAAAAAACAAGAUGUACAUAUCUACUUUAAACCCUCCAGAAUGCCUAGCCCCAUAGACUUCCAUUGUAAAUGCAUUGCUGCACCACGAUUUUUGUUACUUUUAACAAAAUGAGGGAUAAAUUGAAAUGUAUUUAAUGUGGUAACAUUUAAACAGACCAAAAAUUUUGUUAACAUUUGUCUAAUUGAAUGGAGGUAAAAAUGUGUCCCCAACAAUGUUCAGCUCAAAUCUGAACACUUGGAUGAAUGGAUGACAAAAAAGGUAAACGUGUAGUCUAUGUCUACAGUAUAUCUAGUGUUACAUUCUCUUUUGACAUCUGUCCUUGUUUUGUGUUUUAAAGUGGCUCUUUGGCUCUUGACUGGCAUCUCCUGGUGAAUAUAUUGUAUGCUGAUGCUGAACCGUAACCUUUUGGAUGGAUGAAUGUGUCAUAUGGUUUGUUUCACAUGAAAGUUACUCUCAAUAUAAUCAUUCUUGUGCGACAAUACAGCGAUACUAACACAUAUAUAACAUUAACAAGCACCCCUGAACAUUAUAGAAUAGCUGCAGAAUGCAGUGUCGCAAACCAUGUCCGGGACCUUUGGGAAACAGAGGAUGUCACUAUUAAAGUUAGAGAGCUCAUCUUGCUGUAAGGGAGUGUCUCCCGUGGUGAUCAGUGUGAAGUGUUAAUUGUGUGUGACUCUUGAGGAUCUCUUGACAUCUGCUGGAGAUCACUCUAGAACUCAACCGUCUGUCCUUUCAUCCAGACCCUGUUUAUUCAUGUUUCAUUCUUCUGCAUGAUAAAGAAAGAAAGAGGAGAAAAUUUAAAAUCAACAUAUAAACCAUAUUCACCCUGUUUACUUUUGUUUCAUUGGUUAUUCCAUUGGGGGGGGAGGGGUAUUUUGUCUUUGUAAUUUUUUCAUCAAAACUUAAUUUUUGCUAUGCCUCUAAACAGGGCUGGGCGAUAUGGCUACAAAAAUAAGCCCAUAUCUUGAUAUUUGUCAGCGUAUGGAUGACAGG